AAUUCUUCCAUCUGUGUAAAUAGCUUAGCGUUGUUUAAAAUUUUUACUCGCGAAGUAUUUACAUCGAAACAAGAUUUUAUUGAUAAAUUAAGAGACGUAAUUAAAAUGAACAUUGUUAUCAAACUAUUGUUUUGUAUGAUUAUUUUUACAGAAAUCAACGCUGUUAAAAAAAAUGAUAAGAUAUCGAAGCGGAUAAUUCAAAAACUAAACCGUAUUAGGUCAUUUGCACAAUUUAUAGAAGAGUUUGAUAUCGAGCCACCAAAAAGAUCGUUUGAGAGUAUCAUGAUGGAAUCAAAUUAUCCAGAAUCAAGAGAGAGUUAUAUGUUGGGGGGAUUAAACGCAGCUAAUGACUCACCAUCGUGUCAACUCAUGCAAAAGUUUGAACAGAUUUCGAAAUCGAAAACUGAUUCUUUCAUAUUCUUUCCUUCUUGUAUUAAAGUCAACCGGUGUAGUGGUUGCUGCAAUACUGACGUAAUGGAAUGCGUCGCACUAACAAACUCAUCUCACGUUUGACGUUUGACGUUUACAAAGUACCAACUAAUGGCCGCCCUUACUUAUACCGAGUUAGCUACUUUAAUGACGAAUCGUGUGGUUGUCAGUGUAAAAUAAAGAAAGAGAAUUGUUUACCAAAACAAAUCUAUGAUGAAGGAAACUGUGAAUGCAUAUGCGAUUCAAAGCCUAAAGCUUGUCCAAGUAAACAGCAGUGGUCAGACAUUACCUGUGAUUGCACUUGCAAAGAAGUCAAAUCUUGCAGCGGAGGAAACUUUUGGAACGACAUUACCUGUCAGUGUGAAAAAAAAAUUAAAAUAAAAAAAUAAAACACAUAUAUAAGUA